AUGGAGACCCAAGAGAAAAAGAAUAGGAUGCAGAUCCCAAAUCCAGGUGUUCCUUACAGUGUCAUUAAGAUUCUGGCCCAUGCCUUAAAUGCUGUGUCCAAAUCCCAGAGGAGAAGGAAGAAGGGAGAAGAGAGAUUGGGGGCUCCAUGGCUGGAGCCAUGGAAGUGGCAUCCAUUUCUAAAGAAGAAGGAAAUGUGCAAUCUUUCUCUGAUGAAUGUGUAUGUGGAUCAAAAUGGAGAUGUAGCAGCAGACCUGAGGAUCUUCAGUAGGGUGGUUCUCUCUGAGGAGGAUCCCAUCAACCAGCAUUUGGGGGAUUUUGAAAGACAGAGACUUACAAUCAACCAAGAUGCUUUGUCACAGCUAAAGUUGCUGAACAAGGAAGGAGAGCCAGUUUGCUGUUAUGACUGCGUUCCUUGUCCAGAGGAAACCAUCUCCACUCAGGAAGAUACUGACAAAUGCAUCAAGUGCCCAGAUGACCAAUAUCCAAGCAAGAACCGAGUCCAAUGUAUCCCCAAAAGAAUAACCUUCCUGUCCUAUGAUGAACAUGUCAGCAUCAUCCUCAUCUCCAUUGCUCUGCUCUUAUUCCUAACCACAGGCUUUGUUUUAAUCAUAUUCCUUAAAUACCUAGAAACUCCCAUUGUCAAAGCCAACAACCGGGACCUCUCCUACAUCCUCCUGGUCUCACUCCUGCUUUGUUUUUUGUCCUCCUUUCUCUUCAUUGGCCAUCCAAGGAAAACCACUUGUCUUCUCCAACAAAUAGUGUUCAGCAUUGUCUUCUCAGUAGCUGUCUCUUCUGUGUUGGCCAAAACAAUCACAGUAGUGCUGGCAUUCCUAGCUUCAAAACCAGGGAAUAAAGUGAGAAGAUGGUUGGGGAAGAGCUUGGCCAACUCCAUCAUCCUUUCUUGUUCUGGUGUCCAGGUUCUCAUCUGUGCCCUUUGGCUGGGAGUGUUCCCCCCAUUUCCUGACUCUGAUCUGCACUCCCAGCCUGGAGAGAUUGUCCUUCAGUGUAAUGAAGGCUCUGUCACCAUGUUUUAUGUCGUCCUUGGCUACAUGGGUUUCCUGGCUGCCAUUUGCUUCACGGUGGCUUUCCUGGCCAGGAACCUGCCUGGGGCCUUCAAUGAAGCCAAGCUGAUCACCUUCAGCAUGCUGGUCUUCUGCAGUGUCUGGGUUUCCUUCCUCCCCACCUACCUGAGCACUAAAGGAAAAUACAUGGUGGCUGUGCAGGUGUUCUCCAUCUUGGCCUCCAGUGCUGGACUGCUGGGCUGCAUCUUCUUCCCCAAGUGCUACAUUAUUGUCCUGAGACCAGAUCUAAACACUAAGGAACAUCUAAUGUCAAAAGCAGGGGAAUGA